UGGAAAUAGAAAGGCGUUGGAACACUGUAGCACAUAUGCCCGGACACUACCUUUGCUCUUGGUCAGAUUUGCAGAUUGACUAAACCAACAACGGCAGGUCCAGGCCUUUGCUCAUCGAUAUUAUUCUCUCAAGGACGUUUUCACGACAUGCCUAAUUUCGACGGCAAGGUGGCCCUCAUCACCGGUGCAUCUUCGGGAAUAGGCGAAGGAACUGCUGUUCACUUGGCUUCACUGGGUUGCUGGCUUUCGCUAACGUCCAGGAACAUGGUCGCUCUGGAAGCUGUGGCGGAGAGGUGCAGGGCGGAAGGUGUUCCCAAGGACAAGGUUCUUACUACACGAUGUGACGUCCGCUGUGCCGAAGACAUCGCAGCUGUUGUAAAAAGAACCGCGGAGCAUUUCGGGAAGAUUGAUGUUGUGAUCAACAACGCCGGAAUAGGCACAAUUGCUCAUCUCGAAGAAUUUUCUCUGCAACAAUUUGACGACGUCAUUCAUACAAACCUGCGCUCCGCAUUCAUCAUGACACAGGAGACUCUUCCAUACCUGCAGAAAACAAAAGGCAACAUUGUCAACGUCUCGAGCGUGGUGUCUUUGCGAACCGUGAGACAUGUUGCGCCAUACUCAAUUAGCAAAGCUGGACUGGAUCAGCUUACUCAAGUAUCUGCAUUGGGUAAGUUGAACAUCAUAGGCUCAAACCACGACAAAAUAAUGGUGAGUCCAGCCAUAACUGACACGAAGAUGGUGUUUGGACAUAUCAAGAAUGUCGAUGACAAGAAACAGGUCGAGUGCCAGACCUGCUCUGGUGUCUCUGGAGGCCUUGUCAAUGAUGUGUGUUAG